AUGGAAAACUACACAUUCAACAGCUUCACACUGCAGCUGGAGGGGCUGAAUAUCUCCAAGGACUUUGUCUAUCCCACCUUUCUCUUCUUCUUUUUCUCUUAUGUUUUUAUCAUGCUUGCAAAUGCAGGCAUUGCAUGUCUAGUUUUAAUUGACAAAAGCCUUCACCAGCCAAUGUAUCUCCUGUUUUGCAACCUGCCAUUUAAUGACAUUAUUGGAAAUUCGAUCAUGGUGCCUCGUUUGCUCUCAGAUAUUUUGCUGCUUCCCUCUGAGCUCAUAAUCAGUUAUCACGAAUGUGUUCUUCAGGCUUUUUCUACACACAUGUUUGGCACUGCUUCUCACACUGUGCUCAUGAUUAUGGCCUUUGACAGAUAUGUGGCCAUCUGUGAUCCUCUGCGCUAUGCUGCCAUAAUGACCAACAAAAUGGUGAUCAAGCUGACAGUUUCUGCCUGGGGAGUGGCCUUGGUUCUGGUCGGGAUUCUUCUCGGUCUGACCAUACGGCUGAACCGAUGCAGGACGAUGAUCAUGAAUCCUUACUGUGACAAUGCCUCUUUGUUUAAACUCUCCUGUGACAGUGUGUUAAUUAAUAAUAUCUAUGGCCUCACUUUCACUGUUGUCUUGCUCACCUCUUCUAUAGGCACCAUGGUUCUCACUUACGCAAAGAUUACAGUCGUCUGUCUGACCAGUAAGAACAAGUCUUUGAACAGUAAAGCCAUGAAGACCUGCAGCACUCAUCUGGUUGUGUAUCUGAUAAUGCUGAUAAGUGGAUUUAUUGUCAUUAUUCUGCAUCGCUUCCCUCAGUACUCAGACUACAGAAAAUUUGCUGCCAUUUUGUUUCAUAUCAUCCCCGGCAGCCUCAACCCCAUUAUUUACGGGAUGGAAAAACUCCAGGUGAUGGAAAAAAUCCUGAUCCUCUACCACAGAGAUGAGCUGGUUGUCCAGAGGAAUUAAUUUAAUUACCUUGUCUGUAAUAUUUUGGCCAUGUUGCUGUCUCGAGG